AUGGAUUGUUUGUGACGUAUCCGCUCCGUCCUGAGGAUAGUUUGGAGUCUAUUGUGAGGGACUUGAAUUUUAGUGCGGGGACGGAUGGUGCGGAUUUGUUGAGGAGGUAUAAUCCGGGUGCUGAUUUUAGUGCGGGGACUGGAAUCGUGUAUGUUCCUGGCAGAGAUAAAGAUGGGAAUUUCGUACCCUUCAAAUCCAGGGCUUUCAACUGGAGGCAUAGCUGGAAUUGCUGUAGCGGUUGUAGCAGGAUUGCUUUUACUAGUGGGUUAUUUUGGAUUUUACAGAAAGAAGAAGGUUGAGAAAUUCAGACUCUCGACAGCAAGUGAAGAUCCUUCUAGUCGUGACCAUGGUGGCACUUUGCUUAAAGAUGAAGAGUCCUCAGUCGUGGCUACUCCACGCCUGACGGGCAUAACUGUAGAUAAAUCUGUGGAGUUCUCGUUGGAUGAGCUAGCUAAGGCUACAAAUGACUUCAAUAUUAGCUUUAAGAUUGGACAAGGUGGCUUUGGCGCCGUUUACUACGCUGAACUAAGGGGCGAGAAAGCCGCAAUUAAGAAGAUGGAUAUGCAAGCAUCCAAAGAAUUUCUUGCUGAAUUAAAGGUUUUAACGAAUGUUCAUCAUCUUAACUUGGUUCGCUUAAUCGGCUACUGUGUCGAAGAUUCCCUUUUCCUAGUCUAUGAAUACAUCGAGAAUGGAAAUUUAAGUGAACAUUUGAGAGGCUCAGGAAGACCUCCACUUUCAUGGUCUACCAGGGUGCAAGUUGCUCUAGAUUCAGCUAGAGGACUAGAAUAUAUCCAUGAACAUACCGUUCCUGUUUAUAUCCAUCGGGACAUCAAAUCAGCAAAUAUUCUGAUAGAUAAAAACUAUCGUGGAAAGGUGGCAGAUUUUGGAUUGACGAAACUAACGGAAGUUGGGAGUACAUCAUUGCCCACACGUCUUGUUGGUACAUUUGGAUACAUGCCACCAGAAUAUGCCCAGUACGGUGAUGUCUCUCCUAAAGUUGAUGUCUAUGCUUUUGGGGUUGUUCUUUAUGAACUUAUUUCAGCCAAAGAUGCGAUAGUUAGAGUAAAUAAUUCUGCUGCUGAGUCGAAAGGGCUUGUUGGAAUGUUUGAGGAAGCUUUUAAUGAGCCGGAUCCAGUAGAAGGCCUCAGCAAACUGGUGGACCCUAGACUUGGAGAUGACCAUCCUAUAGACUCUGUGCGCAAGUUGGCUCAGCUAGCACGAGCUUGCACACUUGAAAAUCCCCAGUUGCGGCCAAGCAUGAGAUCUAUUGUUGUAGCUCUGAUGACCCUCUCGUCCUCGACAGGGGACUGGGAUGUUGGUUCAUUUUUCGAAAACCAUGAUAUGGUCAACCUAAUGUCUGGAAGGUGAUUCUUUAAAGUGACUCACUGCUGAUCAAAUUGGAGCCUUCUCCUCAAACUUUGAGGCACCAGGCAUGGAGUUGCUCAGAUUCUUCAUGUAUUAUUGUUUGUAAAUUGUUGUAUACACAAUUAUUAGAUACGAUUUGAGUGUGCAUUUUCACUAGUCACCUCUCCAUAUCUUUGUUAGUCAUUUUUUAUUUUUUUUAUUAGGAGGUGGAAAGAGAAGACUAUAUUCAAAAGCUGCAUUAGAGUAGGAAAUUCUCGUAGCAAGAGGAUUCAAAAUAAUCAAAUAGGCAAUUUUACUAGUGGGUGUACAAACUGUUUGAAGAGUGGUGUUAUACAUGAUGGUUUUUUUUAUAAA